AUGCCACCCCAGAGGAGGCUGCUGUCAAUCACCUGGUCAGCAGGCAUCUGCGGGCCUCCUCCUGCACCUACCUCUCUCUGGGCUUCUCCAGGGCAACGAUGUGGCCCCGGAGGGUGUGAGCCAAAUUUUUCCACAAAUUGUCCAAGGAGAAAGUCCAGAGAUCCCAACGUCUGUCGAAGAUGCAAAACUGCUGUGGCGGCCAUGCCCUCUUCUGGCAUGCCCAUGCCAUCCCAAGAUGAGUGCGGUAAAACGCAAGAUGCCAAGGAAGCCCUGGCGGUCCUGGAGAAGCACCUGAACCAGGCCUUCCAGACCUGCAUGCCCUAG